AUGCCCGUCACAAAAUUCCAAGUUGCCGAGAAGUAUGAUUACUUGCACGGAUUUGGCUCGUAUCAUGAAUCUGAAGCCGUAAAGGGUGCUCUUCCUGUAGGCGCAACGUCACCGCAAAAGCCUGCGUACGGCCUUUAUGCAGAAAAGUUUUCCGGCACCGCAUUCACAGCGCCACGCGGAGAGAAUCUACAGUCCUGGCUGUAUCGCAUUCUCCCCAGCGCCGCCCACAAGCCGUUUGAGCCGAUCAAACGACUUGGUAACACCUCAUUCAGUCAGCCGUUGCAUCAUAUUCCCAACCAGCUUCGCUGGGACCCAUUCAACACCAACGUCAAUGCUGAUUGGACUGAUUCCCUGCAUUUGGUUUGCUCUGCCGGCAACCCUUGCAUGAAACAGGGUCUGGGUAUCUUGAUAUAUGCAGCGGGAAAGUCAAUGGAAACAAACGAAGCCUUCUCAUCCGCAGAUGGAGAUUUUCUUAUAGUUCCUCAACAAGGAGUUCUUGACAUCCAGACAGAGCUCGGGCGUCUUCUUGUGCGCCCAAGAGAGAUCUGUGUAAUACCAAGGGGGACUCGCUAUAGGGUGUCGCUCCCCGGAGGCUCGGUUCGGGGGUAUAUCCUCGAGCUUUACCAAGGACAUUUCCAACUUCCUGAGCUAGGGCCAAUUGGUUCUCAAGGCCUUGCUAAUUCUCGAGAUUUCCAAAUUCCGGUUGCCGAUUAUACUGCCGACACAGAAACCGAAUGGCACCACAUUACCAAAUUCAAUGGCGAAUUCUUUACGGCAAAACACAACCAUACACCAUUUGACGUAGUCGCAUGGCAUGGUACCUACUAUCCCUAUAAAUAUGAUCUUGGCCGUUACAACACCAUUGGCACGGUUUCAUAUGACCAUCCCGAUCCAAGUAUCUUCACAGUACUCACAGCUCCAUCGGAUCACCAGGGAACGGCAGUUGCCGACUUUGUAAUUUUCCCGCCUCGAUGGUUAGUGGCUGAAGAUACAUUUCGACCUCCUGAGUUUCACCGGAACACCAUGUCGGAGUUCAUGGGACUUAUUGACGGAAUCUAUGAUGGUAAGGAGCGAGGUUUUAGUCCCGCAGGCGCGAGCCUGCAUAACAUUAUGAGUGGCCAUGGACCGGACGCAGAGGUCCAUGAAAAAGCAUCUAAUGAGGACUUGAAACCCGUCAAGGUUGGAGACGGCAGUAUGGCAUUCAUGUUUGAGAGCUGCUUCAUGAUGGGUGUAACAGACUGGGGUCUUCAUGAGUGCAAAAAGGUUCAGCCAGAUUAUUCAGACAAUGCAUGGGGCGCUCUAAAGCCAUCAUUCGAUCUUGCGGUAGAUCGAAAGACCGAAUAA